AUGACGGGGGUAAGUGAGGUUGACUUGCCCACGACGCCAAACAACGAUGGGAAGGAUGAAGUCGCCCAAGACAUAGACAGUAGUAUUUCAAAGACAAAAGAAUUUGGUGUAGUGAAGCAGUGUAAAAAUAAUGCUCAUCUUAAAAUUCUCGUGCCUUCCAUAGCCGCUGGGGCGAUUAUCGGAAAAAAUGGAGAAGCUAUUACAAAUGUACAAAACUGCACUGGUGCCAAGGUUAAAAUGUCCAAGGCCAAUGAUUUUUACCCAGGAACCAAUGAACGCGUUUGCUUAAUUAUUGGGUCCACGGACGCAAUAACCGAAGUUUACGAUUAUAUUUCUGAAAAGAUUUAUGAAAAGCCUGAGACAGUUUCUCGUAUGGUGCCGGAUGGGAGAGUUCCUUAUGAACGACACAAGCAGGUGAAAAUCUUGGUACCCAACAGCACUGCCGGGAUGAUAAUAGGCAAAGGCGGGAGCUUUAUAAAAGAAAUUAAAAACAAAACUGGUGCUUUUAUACAAGUCUCUCAAAAAUCUAGAGAAAUGAGUCUGGCUGAAAGAUGCAUUACCGUCGGAGGUGAGUUAAAUCAGACUCGCGAAACAAUACGGCUUCUCCUUACGAAAAUUGCUGAGGAUCCUCUCUCGUCAAGCUGUCCCAAUAUUUCUUACGUUGAUGUUGCUGGUCCAAUAGCGAGUGCCUACCCGACUGGUUCUCCCUACGCCCUCUUCAGCGCUCCUCCUACGGGUCCGCCACAUCAUCACCAUCCCUCAACUGCGUCUGGUCUCUCCCCAUGCUCUCCUCCUGGAAGAUGCUUUAUGCACCCAUUACAGCAACAUGGUUGUGGCGGGCCCCUCUCUCCAUCUACCACUGCAAAUGGACGAGAUGCUGUAGGUGCUGGCCGCCGUGCGUUAAAUGGCCGUGGCACGGCACCUCAAAGCCUUCUUGGUGCAGCUUCAUUGCCCCACAGUGGGGGCAGUGGUGGUGGAGGGGGAAGCCUCUGGCCACCAACAACCCCUCCUCUACCUAUUAGUCUUGAUGCUGUGCGUACUAUUCUCCAUUCGUCUGGUUACACGGAGGACGCAAUGGAGGAAAUUACCCAUGCGAUGCGCGUACUCAAUGCCUACGGGCUGCUUUCACUCACAAGCCUGGCGUCAUACAUUGGAUUCAGUGGCGGAGGGGGCGGGUCAAGGCCAUCGACCUCACCACAAAUCCCAGCGGCUCCACGGGCACAGCUUCCAGCAUCACAGGAAUCAGUCUCGUCUCCCUCUCCCCCGUUUGCUUCCCCCGCCUUUUCCUCCGCCCCUUCGGGACAGCAGCAGCCGUCCUCACCAGCAGAUUCCUUUUAUCGGCCGCAGGACAACGGAAGUGGAGGAACCGUUGCAGACAACGCUGAUACCGGUUCUCGGUAG